AUAUAUUGUUUAGGAACUCCUUCCUCCAUGUAGGAGGUAAAUCCCAACAGAAGGAAACAUGGAUAAGAGUCCACUAGACAUGAGAUCGACCUUUGAUCAGGAAGUUAUAGAGGAAGAAAAAAUGGAUACGAUACCACUGAAUCCACUGAAUAUAUGGUCGACAGUGGAUCAGGAAGCCAAAGAAUUUUACAAUUUUGAUGAGAACACUGAGUUCAGUGAUGAAGACUUCAGAGAAUUGAUAGAUGAGCGUGAAGUUGUUGUUGUCAAGGGCGGAGGAGGGGGGCAUUCCUGGGCAAGAUCCCCCCGAUGAAAUUCUAGCGAAAUGGGAUUAGGGUACCCAAUCGGUGAUGGGAGGCCAGAUUUGCCCCCUAGAUCUGUCGCCGCGAAGAACUCCAUGCCUGCACAGCUUCCCCCGAUCGAAGAAGAAGGUCUGAUGCCAGAAAAAAAAAAUUAGAAAACGAAACGACGUCGUUUUGUGAUUGAGUUUAAAAAAAAACCCAUUGACUCAGCCCAACAAUCCACGCGGCCCAGUGGCCCAAAUUUCCAAAUAGCAAAUGCCCAAAAAACAAAAAAAUAAGGAUGAGAGGAUGAGGUCAUGACUCAUGAGGAUCCAACAAAUAAAAAAACGAAGGAUUAAUCGCCACUCCAACGAAAGCAACGAAACCAGAAGUCUAGAACUCCAGACCAGAUUCCAGAAGGCUGUUGAAGGAUCGAAAGUCAAAACCAGAAGGCUGAAGGCAGAUUCUAUUCUUGAGCUCUUUUUCGGUGCUUCUUCAUCUAAUCAUCAAAUCUUCUCUAGGUUCAACAAAAACCGAAUUCCACAUAUCAGCCUACUUAUGAAAUCAAAUUAUGCAAUUCAACCAAUUCAACAACAACUUGCUCAAUAAUUGAAGAAAAACUAGUUGAAUCAAUUCUCAUUCAUAAGGGAUUUAAUAUAAACAUAAAAAACCCAUAAAGAACACCAACCAUUUUUGGAAUUUUUGGAACAAGCUCACAAAUAAAAAAAUGUAAAAAUUAAACUAAAAUCAACACUUUACAAAGAAUUGGAGAAAAAAUUGAAGAAAUAACAUAUAGGGUU